AUGGCCUUUGCUGCUGUCCCACAUGCCUUGACGAGGUUCCGAAGAGAGCCCUACCUGGCAACAACUGCAUCGAUUCCCAUCCCUGCUGCCAUCGCCGGUGCCAGUGAGGGAUCACCUCCUAACGCCCUCCCUCCCCUCCCCUCCCCUCCCCUCCCUCCCUCCCUCCCUCCCUCCCUCCCUCCCUCCCUCCCUCCCUCCCUCCCUCCCUCCCUCCUCCCUCCCUCCCUCCCUCCCUCCCUCCCUCCCUCCCUCCCUCCCUCCCUCCCUCCCUCCCUGCCCUCCCCUCCCUCCCUCCCUCCCUCCCUCCCUCCCUCCCUCCCUCCCGCCCUUCCUGUCUCCUCCUUCAAACCGUACCUGGCAACAACUGCAUCGAUUCCCAUCCCUGCUGCCAUCGCCGCCAAUGAAGGAGCACCUCCCAAUGCCCAUGCUCGCCAGGCAACCCUCCUUUCCUUUCGUCCCUACCAUCCCUCCCUCUCUUUCUUCAAGCCCUACCUGGCAGCAACUGCAUCGAUUCCCAUCCCUGCUGCCAUCGCCGCCAAUGAAGGAGCACCUCCCAAUGCCCAUGCUCGCCAGGCAACCCUCCUUUCCUUUCGUCCCUACCAUCCCUCCCUCUCUUUCUUCAAGCCCUACCUGGCAACAACUGCAUCGAUUCCCAUCCCUGCUGCCAUCGCCGCCAAUGAAGGAGCACCUCCCAAUGCCCAUGCUCGCCAGGCAACCCUCCUUUCCUUUCGUCCCUACCAUCCCUCCCUCUCUUUCUUCAAGCCCUACCUGGCAGCAACUGCAUCGAUUCCCAUCCCUGCUGCCAUCGCCGCCAAUGAAGGAGCACCUCCCAAUGCCCAUGCUCGCCAGGCAACCCUCCUUUCCUUUCGUCCCUACCAUCCCUCCCUCUCUUUCUUCAAGCCCUACCUGGCAGCAACUGCAUCGAUUCCCAUCCCUGCUGCCAUCGCCGCCAUUGAAGGAGCACCUCCCAAUGCCCAUGCUCGCCAGGCAACCCUCCUUUCCUUUCGUCCCUACCAUCCCUCCCUCUCUUUCUUCAAGCCCUACCUGGCAGCAACUGCAUCGAUUCCCAUCCCUGCUGCCAUCGCCGCCAAUGAAGGAGCACCUCCCAAUGCCCAUGCUCGCCAGGCAACCCUCCUUUCCUUUCGUCCCUACCAUCCCUCCCUCUCUUUCUUCAAGCCCUACCUGGCAGCAACUGCAUCGAUUCCCAUCCCUGCUGCCAUCGCCGCCAUUGAAGGAGCACCUCCCAAUGCCCAUGCUCGCCAGGCAACCCUCCUUUCCUUUCGUCCCUACCAUCCCUCCCUCUCUUUCUUCAAGCCCUACCUGGCAGCAACUGCAUCGAUUCCCAUCCCUGCUGCCAUCGCCGCCAUUGAAGGAGCACCUCCCAAUGCCCAUGCUCGCCAGGCAACCCUCCUUUCCUUUCGUCCCUACCAUCCCUCCCUCUCUUUCUUCAAGCCCUACCUGGCAGCAACUGCAUCGAUUCCCAUCCCUGCUGCCAUCGCCGCCAUUGAAGGAGCACCUCCCAAUGCCCAUGCUCGCCAGGCAACCCUCCUUUCCUUUCGUCCCUACCAUCCCUCCCUCUCUUUCUUCAAGCCCUACCUCCCUACCUGGCAACAACUGCAUCGAUUCCCAUCCCUGCUGCCAUCGCCGCCAUUGAAGGAGCACCUCCCAAUGCCCAUGCUCGCCAGGCAACCCUCCUUUCCUUUCGUCCCUACCAUCCCUCCCUCUCUUUCUUCAAGUCCUACCUGGCAACAACUGCAUCGAUUCCCAUCCCUGCUGCCAUCGCCGGUGCCAGUGAGGGAUCACCUCCUAACGCCCUCCCUCCCCUCCCCUCCCUCCCUCCCUCCCUCCCUCCCUCCCUCCCUCCCUCCCUCCCUCCCUCCCUCCCUCCCCUCCCUCCCUCCCUCCCUCCCUCCCUCCCUCCCUCCCUCCCUCCCUGCCCUCCCCUCCCUCCCUCCCUCCCUCCCUCCCUCCCUCCCUCCCUCCCUCCCUCCCUCCCUGCCCUCCCCUCCCUCCCUCCCUCCCUCCCUCCCUCCCUCCCUCCCUCCCUCCCUCCCUCCCUCCCUCCCUCCCUCCCUCCCUCCCUCCCUCCCUGCCCUCCCCCUCCCUCCCUCCCUCCCUCCCUCCCUCCCUCCCGCCCUUCCUGUCUCCUCCUUCAAACCGUACCUGGCAACAACUGCAUCGAUUCCCAUCCCUGCUGCCAUCGCCGCCAUUGAAGGAGCACCUCCCAAUGCCCAUGCUCGCCAGGCAACCCUCCUUUCCUUUCGUCCCUACCAUCCCUCCCUCUCUUUCUUCAAGCCCUACCUGGCAGCAACUGCAUCGAUUCCCAUCCCUGCUGCCAUCGCCGCCAAUGAAGGAGCACCUCCCAAUGCCCAUGCUCGCCAGGCAACCCUCCUUUCCUUUCGUCCCUACCAUCCCUCCCUCUCUUUCUUCAAGCCCUACCUGGCAGCAACUGCAUCGAUUCCCAUCCCUGCUGCCAUCGCCGCCAUUGAAGGAGCACCUCCCAAUGCCCAUGCUCGCCAGGCAACCCUCCUUUCCUUUCGUCCCUACCAUCCCUCCCUCUCUUUCUUCAAGCCCUACCUGGCAGCAACUGCAUCGAUUCCCAUCCCUGCUGCCAUCGCCGCCAUUGAAGGAGCACCUCCCAAUGCCCAUGCUCGCCAGGCAACCCUCCUUUCCUUUCGUCCCUACCAUCCCUCCCUCUCUUUCUUCAAGCCCUACCUGGCAGCAACUGCAUCGAUUCCCAUCCCUGCUGCCAUCGCCGCCAUUGAAGGAGCACCUCCCAAUGCCCAUGCUCGCCAGGCAACCCUCCUUUCCUUUCGUCCCUACCAUCCCUCCCUCUCUUUCUUCAAGCCCUACCUGGCAGCAACUGCAUCGAUUCCCAUCCCUGCUGCCAUCGCCGCCAUUGAAGGAGCACCUCCCAAUGCCCAUGCUCGCCAGGCAACCCUCCUUUCCUUUCGUCCCUACCAUCCCUCCCUCUCUUUCUUCAAGCCCUACCUGGCAACAACUGCAUCGAUUCCCAUCCCUGCUGCCAUCGCCGGUGCCAGUGAGGGAUCAUCUCCUAACGCCCUCCCUCCCCUCCCCUCCCCUCCCCUCCCUCCCUCCCUCCCUCCCUCCCUCCCCUCCCUCCCUCCCUCCCUCCCCUCCCUCCCUCCCUCCCCUCCCUCCCUCCCUCCCUCCCUCCCUCCCUCCCUCCCUCCCUCCCUCCCUCCCUCCCUCCCUCCCUCCCUCCCUCCCUCCCUCCCUCCCUCCCUUCAACCCCUACCUGGCAACAACUGCAUCGAUCCCCAUCCCUGCUGUCAUCCCCGGCGCCAGUGA